AUGAAGCCGGCCCUUCCAAGCGGCCGCUUCUGGUCCAACUUCAUCCCACGGCAGCAAGUUUCGCGAACCCCAUUUGCUCUCAAUACACGGCACCUAUCAUCCUCCUCGCCGAUAUUCGCGCCGCGAUUGCCAUCGUCGUUGUCGCCGCCACCCCGUUUCAGUCGCCAGCUACCGCAAUGGAUCACUAGAGGCGCAUGGAGAGGGAGCCAGCGGAGAGCUUACGGAUAUAGCCAGAGGGGGGAAAGCUCACACCAUGGGUCAUACCGAGAGCGCAGUCGAUAUGCCGGGAGAGGCACCGUUCUCCUUGCUUCUGCCAUCGGUGCUGCAACGCUGACUCCGGCGGCGCUUCUUCAGCUGGCAGAGAAAAAUAAACAGGGCGACGGAAUGAGUACUCGUGAGCUUGAAAUGCUCCACGCUUCACGGGCUGAGGCCCAAAACAUAAGGCGUACUGGACGAGGGAUAGUGGACGAGAAUGGUGAUACCAAUCCCGAAAGACGAAACCCUAAGAACCUCUUAUGGCGCGUAUACGGCCUACUGGACGAGUAUGUGUUCGAAGUGAUUGCUACGGGGUUCCGGUUCGUACACCUGGUGGUUCUCUUUAUCCCAGUUAUACUUGGACAAUGGGCUGCUUCGAGAUCUGAUAUAUUCCCCCCAGAGCUAUGCGCUUUAAUGUCAUCGCUUCACUCGCACGCGCCUGCACACCCGCUACAUGUUACAAAGCGCACUAUCAGUAGAGCGUUCAAUGGCCUGCCAUUUGAUGAAAUCUUUGAGGAAUUCGACGAAAAGCCCCUAGGAGUCGGUGCUAUCGCUCAGGUUUACAAGGCAAAGCUACGCCCAAGUUUGGCCGGCUCGUUGGACCUUGCAUCCAAACCCGCAAAUCUUCGCGAGAAGGUGAGAAAAAACGUCAACGUUCUAGUUAAGAGUACCCCGGAGAGCGUACCAUCGUCGUACAUUGCGAUCAAGGUCCUUCAUCCAAAAGUCGAUAGGAUCGUACGGCGAGAUUUGCGCAUUAUGGGAUUCUUCGCUACACUUAUACACUGGAUUCCUACCAUGGAAUGGCUAUCGUUACCGGAUGAAGUCGAGAAGUUUGGCGAGAUGAUGAAACUUCAGUUAGACUUGCGAAUUGAGGCUGCGAAUCUCGCAUUCUUCCGAGAGAACUUCAAGUCGCGGACUACGGCCAGAUUCCCAUACCCGUACACUGAGUAUACAACGCGCGAGGUGCUGGUUGAGGAAUUUGCCCAAGGAAUCCCCCUCGCUACCUUCCUAGAGAAUGGCGGCGGCGUGUUCCAGCAUGAUAUUGCUCAUGAGGGGUUAGAUGCCUUCCUUCACAUGUUGCUCAUCGAUAACUUUGUACAUUCGGACCUCCACCCGGGAAAUAUAAUGCAUCCGCAGGGAGCAUUGGUAUCAGACAACGGAAAUAGUGCAACGGAGUCGGUACUGGCACGACUAAGGGAACAUCGAAAAGACCCAGCCGCUUGGAAUGCCGCGUUAAAGCAGAUUGAUGACGAAGGCUACCGGCCUCAGUUGAUCUUUAUUGAUACCGGGCUCGUCACUGAACUCAAUGCCGUUAACCGACGUGAUUUUCUUGACCUAUUCCGAGCUAUUGCUGAGUUUGAUGGAUACAAGGCAGGAUAUCUCAUGGUCGAACGAUCCCGCCAACCCGACUCGGUGAUUGACGCAGAAAUAUUUGCACUUAGGAUGCAACAUCUAGUUCUCAGUAUUAAAGGGAGAACUUUUGCGUUAGGAAAUGUCAAGCUAGGAGACAUAUUAAGUGACGUACUAUACAUGGUACGGAAUCACCAUGUGAGACUUGAAGGCGACUUCAUCAACGUUGUCAUUUCUGCUCUACUCUUAGAGGGCAUUGGAAGAAGGUUGGAUCCUGAUCUUGAUAUAUUCAAAAAUGCACUGCCAAUCCUCCGCCAACUUGGGUCUAAAUCCACGCUGCUCAAAUCCGUUCGCGAGGGAGAUACAUCCAUGCUCCGCAAGCAAGCUAUUGGGCUCUCACCUCCAUCCCCGUCUCUGCCGCAGGAAUAUAACAGUAUCGACGGAUACCGUGACCAAGAGGAACCGCGAUGCCAUCCUCCAGCCCUUCUUCGUACGUGGAUUAUGGCGAAUAUUCCGAGAUACCUCCGUCGACCUGGAGAUGAAGGAUAUAGGACUCCUACUAUAGAAGACACCGAGAAAAACGCCUCUACCAGCGUACUACCGUUCAUAUUUCCUUCUCAGCCACCAACUCCUCGCUGUCCUACGCCGCCGAUCCUCUCGCAUUUUCGACAACGGCCUCCGCUCACGCAUAAUCUGCCUAGAAUAAACGGGGACGGCAAUGGGAAUGGAACAAUUACGCCAGUGCAUAUUCCAGAGGGCCAGGUUGCGCCGCUUACCUGGAAAGAACGCAUACGACAUUUGACAUGGUCAUUUUUCACGCUUACCAUGGCCACGGGCGGGCUGGCGAAUGUCGUAUAUACGAUCCCUAUUCAGGCUGGAUGGCUGGAAAUAAUUGGUCUGGUUAUCUUCUUGAUAAACCUGGCAUUCUUCGUGGUUAUCGGCGUAUUGAUGUGUCUACGGUUCUAUCUAUAUCCGUAUACCUUCAAGGCGUCGUUUCUGCACCCGACGGAAUCACUAUUUGCACCGGCUGUGAUUGUUUCGUUCGGUACUAUCCUCAUCAAUGUUGCCCAGUAUGGGCCCAGCCAUGCUGGGGAAUGGCUUGCACAUGCAACCGUGGUCCUGUUCUGGUUUGAUGCGGCGCUGGCCGUCACCCUAUCCGCGGGUAUCUACCUUAUCCUCUGGUCGACGCAGACGUUUACCAUUGCUAAAAUGACGCCGAUAUGGAUAUUCCCCGCGUACCCGAUGCUGAUCAUCGGCCCUCACGCAGGAAUUCUGAGUGCCAGCGUGCCUCAGAGCCAUGCUCUUCGUAUCAUCAUCGGCGGCUGGACUAUACAGGGCGUCGGAUUUCUAGUCUCACUGAUGGUCUACUCUGCAUUCAUAUACCGCCUGAUGACGCAGAAGCUGCCAAACGAAUCCCUACGGCCUGGAAUGUUUGUCUCUGUUGGGCCAAGCGCGUUUACCGUUGCUGGGAUUCUGAGCAUGGCCGAAAACGCUGCUAGGUCCUUACCUGCUGAUUUUAUGGGCGAUGGAAAGCUGACGGCGAAGAUUCUGUUUGUGGUUUCGAACUUUGCCGCUCUGUGGCUGUGGGGCCUGGCGAUAUUCUUCUUCUUCAUUGCCGUUUUCGCCCACUGGACGCCCGCUCGUCGUGGCCGGAUGGCAUUCUCGAUGACCUGGUUCUCCUUUGUGUUUCCGAACACCGCACUAACGACAGCCACUUUUGCCGUCGGGAGGGCCUUUGGAAGCAAAGGCAUCCAGAUCACGGGCUAUGUCUUUACCGUCCUGCUCUUUAUCACGUACUUCUUCGUAUUUUUCAUGAUGGUGCGAGCGAUCCGAUCACGGCAGAUCCUGUGGCCGCAGAAGGGAGAGGACAAGGACGAGGGCGGGUUCAAGAUCAAGGAGCACAAGCCGGAUGAUUCAGUCAUACUACCAGUACGUAUAUAG